AGAGGGAACAAAGGGGUCCUUCCAUAGUUUUUGGCCCAUCUGAGGCCCAUUCUCAUAUGAUGCCCUGCUUCCUCCACAGGGCCACACCUCCAGGGAUGAGGCUCCAGCGCCUGCUCCUGGGACGAAGAACAACAGACCAUCAUGGUGGUUCCCGGCCCCUGACCCUCGCCUGCCUCACCCUCCGUCCGUUCUCCAUGCGGGCAUGGCUCCUUCCCGGUCCUACUUGGCGCAGAAGCAGCAGCCAAUGUUCCCCCCCCUGUCAAAAGCACCUCCUGAGUUAUUCCGGAGCCGGGGGAGACUUGGGUUGCUGCCUCUGUGCCAGGCCGGCCGGGACAGAGCCCAGACACCCGUACGGAGGAGUUCAGGUUGGGGCAGCUAAUAAGAUCAGGUAGGAGGAAAUGCCCCCUUCCCAGGUCCCCCACCCUCCUGCCCCAUACUGGGGCUAGAGUGGCUGGGAGCCAGGCGCCUGCUGAUGUCUCCGUUUGUUUUGCAGCGAGGAGAAGGUUGAGCCUGGGAGCCGCUGCAUCCCGGGAGGGACUGGAGCCCAAACAAAGGCCUCUCACCCCAGAGCUAAUGGGACAGAGGGAAGGACAAAGACCCCCAUAGGGAGGCAAAGUGUGGAAAGGCUCAGAGUUCAGGCAGGGGGAAAUGCCAAUUGAGUGCUGGAGUGUGUGGGGGGAGCAGGCCUGUCUCGCCCCAGCCCCUCACCCCCCUCCUUCCAAGCCAGGGGUCUGAUCAUUAUGUCCCCAGGCAGGAGCAGCGAUGGUUGGCAGCCACUGGUGACAUGGGCAUGGGCAGCAUGGCAGGGCUGCUUGUUCUGUCCCCCUCCUUCCCUGGUUCACCUCGCCAGCACUCAGGCUGUCACUGCAGAAGUUUGGGGGCUGCUCCCCCCGGGGGCCCUAUGUCUCCACCGCAAGAAGGCCCUGCCUCCACUGGCUUGCCUGCCCAUGGGCUGCUGCCGGGCUCCUCUGUGCCAAACAGGAGAAGGAAAGAAGGAAGAGUGAGGAAGGGAGGGAGCUGGGAAGGCAGCCUGGGGGGGGGGAGAGAAAAUAUUGAGGGCAAUGUGCCCCAGAAGGAAAUCAUUGGGGAUGGCCCAUGGGACCACUGUCCACUAGGGAGUACAAUGUCCUUCUUCCUUCGCAGGGCUGUGGAUUGGGAAAACCUCCAGCAGCCCAGCGGUGCUGGGAAACCCAGUGAAAUUCGGAGCUUCUCAGAAAGGAAGGACAAUGCAGCGGUUGUGGCGCCAGGAAUCACUGGAAGUCGUGGUCCUAAGAGGCUACUGUACCGCAGGGCCCAAAUGGACAAAGGGGUGACGGCCAUGGAAGAUGUGGGCCACGCCUCCAGGGAUGAGGCUCCAGCGCCAGCUCCCGGAAUGAAGAACCGAACAACAUCCCGGCGGUUCCCGGCUGACGUCCCUCGCGGCGCGUCCCCACUGUCCCUUCUCCGCACGGGCAUGGCUCCAUCCCGGCCCAAUUUGGUUCCCUGGCUUGCCUUGUCCACAGAUGUUGAUAGCUUGGCAGGUCCUCAGCUGUGGUCCCCAGAUGAUAUUUUCUGUUGUGAAUUACUAGUUGGUAACUUCCUCUGUUUUUAUUUUCCUUUCUGUCUCACAGGUUCUCAGGCAGGAAGGGCACAGCCAUGGCAGAAACAAAUAUCCCUGGAGAUUGUGGUAUGUUAA